CCCAGGGAAGUGAACACCAGACAUAUCUGAGACUUCAUCACCAUGCAUAAGACUGUGAUCGUUGUGUUGUCCGUCUUCCUCCUUGUGGCCGCUGCCAUGGCCAGCCCCAUGCCCGACCCUGGCUAUGGUGGUCAUGUUGGCUACGGUGGUCGUGGUGGUGGAUAUGGCUAUGGGGGUGGAUACAGCUAUGGUGGCCGUAGAUAUGGAGGCUACAGCAGUGGUGGAUAUGGCGGCUAUGGAAGUGGUGGAUAUGGCGGCUAUGGAAGUCGUACCUAUGGUGGAUACGGAAGUGGUGGAUAUGGCGGCUAUGGAAGUCGUACCUAUGGUGGCUACGGAAGCGGUGGAUAUGGUGGUUACAUUAGCAGCUAUGGAUACGGGCGGUAAAGGUGAACUAUGAGAGCCACAAACACACAGUCGGCCACCAAGAAGGAACUCUCUCCAGGAACUUGUUGUAACUAUAAUGUCAAUAAACUUUAUUUAUGAAGAAAA